AUGGGAUCUCAUGUUAAAAAAAUAAAACCAAUUAAAGAUGGCAAAAAUACUAAAGAAAUUACUAUUAAUGUGGAUCAGGAUAAGGAUAAAGAUUUAGAAAAAAUUAAUGAAUUGGAAACUUCUGUUAUUUUUAAAAUCUAUAUAAUUAUUGGAAUUGUUGCUUGCUGGGGAUCUUAUAAUAUACUUAUUAAAUAUACUGUUGUUAAUGUAAAAGAAGAGGAUAAAUUUUUUUCUGCUGUUGUACCAGUUUUUUGUGAAAUUUUUAAACUUUUUCUUGUGUAUUUAUUAUAUUUUAGAGAACAAAAUUAUAAUAUUAAGAAAUUUUUUUCUGGCCUUUAUAAUGAAAUAUUAAUGAAACCAAUUGAUUUUUUAAAAAUUAGUCCUCCAGCUGUUUGUUUUAUAAUUCAAAAUAAUCUUGAAAUAAUUGCUGCACAAAAUUUAUCACCUGGUAUUUAUCAAGUAACAUGUCAACUAAAAAUUGUAUCAUCUGCACUAUUUAUGGUUAUUUUUUUAAAGAAAAAUCAGUCAAUUAAAAGAUGGAUUUGUAUUUUUCUUAUCUUUCUCGGUAUAAUAAUAUCACCAUUUGGGGAAGAAAUAAAUAAAACAGUAAUAAUUGGAUUAGUUUCAGUUAUUGCUAUUAGUAUACUUACUGGAUUUGCUUCUGUUUAUUUUGAAAAAAUGUUAAAAAAUGGAUCACAAUCUUCAUUGUGGCUUCGAAGUAUUCAACUUUAUACAUGGGGACUUAUUGCUGCUAUCAUUUGUAUGGUAUCAAAAAAUAUUGAUAAUAUUGUUGAUAAAGGCAUUUUUCAUGGUUUUACUGUUGUUGUUUGGUUAGCAACAUUUGUAUUAUCUAUAGGUGGUAUUUAUACUUCCUUGAUAGUAAAAUAUUUAAAUAGUCUUUAUAAAUGUUUUGCUUCAACUGUAACAAUUGCUUUAGUUGCAUCAGUAUCCGUUUUCCUUUUUAAUUCUCCUUUGUCAUUGACUUUUGUUAUAAGUUUCACAAUUGUUGUUAUAAGUAUAAUAACUUAUAACUUAGUUACAUAA